AUGAAACCUGCAGGAAAAUUCAUUCACUUUGAAGUUGAACCAGUAAAGCAUGAAGAUAUAGAAGAUUUAAAUGCAGAAGUAAAGUUUGAGGAUAGCCCAGUCGAGUGUACAUGCCCUUUUUGCAAAGAAGAAGUUGUUACUCAAGUACAGCUGGAGAGCUCCUGGUUCACAUACCUAAUGGCUUUUACUUUGUUCUUAGUAUUGGGGUGGAUAAGUUGUCCUGUAUUACCCUUAUUUUGGUCAUUACUACAAGACUCUGUUCAUACCUGUCCUCGGUGCUUAAACAAAAUUUGCAGAAAUGGACGAAUAAAGUGUCCCUCUAUUAAGUCUGAAGUUAUGACAGUUAGAUGUGGGAGUUGUGCUGUAGUUUUAAGUAGAAAAUAUGUUUUUGUGAUUUUGCUUAUACUCAUUACAGUACUUGGUUUUACGUUGCUACGUACACUUUUGAGAUUAUAUGGUUUACCUGAUGUUGAACGUGGAUUACCUACAGAAAAAACCUGGUUAUCAUUUUUAGAAAACUGUGGCACGAGAUCAUAUCUCGGAAAUCCCAUAAGGGCAAUAAAAGAAUUUGAAGAUCAUUACCAGUAUAGAACAGUAUCUUGGAGCGGAAGAAUCAUUAAAGUUCAAGAAGGAUUUUGGAAGAAGCACUUUAUAUAUAUAGGUAUGGACCCUCCUCAAAUUACAACAACAUCUGGGGGUCCUGUUCCUGACUUAGCAUUAGCAUUUAAUGAAAUAUUACUUCCACAGGUAGCGCAAAUAAAAGUUGGCGAUCUAAUUGAAUUUGAGGCAACUCUUGUGGAAUUUGGGAAACGUGGUCAUCCACAUUUUGGACAAAUGUGGAACUUUACAAAAGUUGAUGAUUUCACGGCACUAAAUAUUUUCCCAAGACACAAAAACAUGCUACUUAUGAUCCCAUUAUUUGAAAUGAUGAACCAGAUAACUGAUCAGCUAUCUAAGUCACUUCGAAACAGCACAGAGUUUUACCUCUCUGAUACUGAUGAAGGGAAUGGAAUCUUCCACACGCAGUACAAUGAGAAUUUUGGUGCAUUUAAUGAGCCUACUCAGCUGGAAAAUAGAAAAGGAGACGUUUAUUAUAAGCUUCCAGGAACACAACAAGAUAGUAAAAGUCAAAGUGAGAAUUAUGAACAUGACUCUUCAUCUAAUUAG